UGAGCACUCCUGUCGCUGAUUGGCCAGUAAACACUUACAACUGCCACUGGUUUGUGAAUGAGAGACACUUCACUGUUUAUUUUUGUUUCUGUGGGUUAACAACAACAACUAAAAGAAACAUGGCAGGAGAGGAAUACACGUUGGAGCCAACUUUUUCUUUUAGUCCUCUUCCCUCCAAGAAGCUCUCCUUCCUACAGGACAAAGACACUUUACAACUGUUGAUGAAAUGGUCCAUGCUGGGGAGGAUUUCAGCUCAGUGUUUCAGCUUUGACCAGUGCUUUCAGCCUCACAACAGUGAAGAGUUUGCACUGUGUUUCUUCAGAGAUCCCAACGUGGUAUCCAGUCUGAGGAGGAUUGAGGUCGGAGCCUGGGUGCCUCUUGACAAGCCGGUGAUGCGUGUGGACGUGGAACCGGUGCCGUGCACUAAGGUCUCCAUGGAGCUGUUUGACCCAAUCUACUCUUGUGGGAUCCUGAGGCCCUCUGGACAUGUAGUUAAAUGCUUUCAUGAUGUCUACCCCGACUAUGAUGAGCUCAGACAGAUGUUGCAGGAGGAGGACUCUGAGCACUACUAUGUGGUCGGGAGAGAGGAGCGAGGAGAGCUUCUGUUUCGCCUCUUCAAGCACCUGUGUUUAGGAGGAGAGCUCUGUCAGUAUGAAGACGCCAUCCAGCCUUACAUCAGCACCACAAAGCACAUCUACAAAGACCUGAUCAGCGUUCAGAAGGAUCCAGAGACUAAGAAGAUCAGUGUUGUCUCCACAGUCCUCAAAGUCCUGGCCUAUGAUGAGUCUGGGCGAUGUUACCCUGGCGAACGAGAGGAGGAGCAGACGUUUGCCUAUUUGAUUGUCGACCCCUUCAAACGACACAUGACUUUGUUCCACCACCGCUACGGAGUAGGAAACUUCAAUCUGUGACGGCGAAGAACUGGAAGUUGUCUUGUAGAUAUCGGCAGAUUCCUGGUGGGCAUGUGUAUGUAGAAGCUCAGACUGGGAGCUGUACCCAGAAAUCAUUUGUACACAAUCAAUUCCCAGUAGACUUGCAUAGGAGAAGGGUUCAUUAUUUUUGUUCUAUUAAAAUAUGUCAAAAAAUAAGCAGCUUUAAAGGUC